GACCUACUAAAAGCAACUAAGAAAGUCUCACAAUUUUAGGCAAGACUGCUAGGUGGUACCUAUGCUUACUACCCUAGCUGCCCAGUUAGAAGCACCAAGUCACAAGACUUCGCGACUGCGCUGCUGCGUCAACCCCUCGGCCCCUGCGUUCCUCCACUAUAACCCCUCUUGCCACUCCAUAACCUUUUCUUUAACUUUUCAAAACUCAGAAACAUCCUUGUCUUCCCAGGCACCAGUCGCGCUAGAUGCCUUCAGCUCUUCAGUAGCGCGUUAUUAACCGAGGGUAGUUGCGAAUGGUCUCUUGCCAACAUGGCGCUAUCCAAUUCAUCAAUCUCUAUAUGCCUGUAAGCAUCGUAAUACCUCAGGAGACUUUUGAUCUGUUAACCUUCCUUAUUGGCGAGUCUGCCUAGUCUUGACGAUCAACCUGCCUACAUCGAGAUCCAUACCGACCUCUUAGUCUAAUGUUCUCACAACGAAUAUAAACCAUUUAUAACCUCCAGCUUCAUUUCUAUCAAGUGUAGUUUUCUCUCAUGCAUGUCUUGACUUAAUUGACUUGACACAUCUCAUAUUCUCAUAUUUCUGUCUUCUUACCGUCUUAAAUUCUCUUAUACUGUUACCGUUCUCCUUAACUACUUCACGUCCCCUAGACUCCUUUACAAGAUACUUCGUUAUUUGUGUCAAGCUCAGCUGAAAUCGAACACGAUGGCCGUCUCAGCCCUUCCGAAGCUGCCCGUGGCUCACGAUGUGUUGGCAAAUUACAUCGCCAACCAUCCCAAGACUCCGGUGAGAGAAUUGAUGGAUCCUUAUCGCAAAUUUGAAGCCCAACUGCGUGAGAUGUACGCACAGGAACGCAACAAUCCCGUCUUAGACGACCCUUAUGUCAAUGUCCUACCCCUUUUCACUAAGGAUACCCCAAAUAUUAAGACCCGUGCGCGUAACCUUGAAGCAGAAUCGCCCAGCGAAAAGGAGAAGUACAUCAUGUCUCUUCCCGACGAUAAGCGGCGCCCUAACGACUCACCCGCUGUCGUAUCUUCUCUCAAGGAGUUUCGACACAACUUCGGCGUCUUUUCAGAAUCGUCUCUUGUUGAAAUGAACUGGAGCAAUGUCAUUGCUGCUGGUUCGUCUGUCGUCAACUGUCUUCUUCCCGUUCCAGAUCAAUACAAGAAGUCUAAGAGGGCUCUUCGUAACUACUAUCACGAAAAGUUCUGCCCGGCUUCUGACGUUGAUUUAUUCUUGUACGGUCUUAGCGAAGAGCAGGCUGUUGAAAAGAUCAAAGAAAUUGAAGCUCGGAUCCGUGAUGCGAUCCUCUCCGAGGUCACAGUGGUCCGAACUAAGAAUGCCAUCACAAUUUGCAGCCAAUAUCCCACUCGCCAUGUCCAGAUUGUUCUCCGAGUAUACAAAUCAAUCUCUGAAAUAUUGACUGGAUUUGAUAUUGAUUGUUCUGGUGCUGCUUAUGAUGGAAGCCAAGUCUACUGCACUCCACGAGCUUUGGCUUCGUAUAUCACCCAGAUCAACCCUAUUGAUCUCACGCGGAGAAGUCCAUCAUAUGAGAACCGUCUUUCGAAGUAUAGCCACCGAAAUUUCGAGGUUUACUGGCAGGAGCUUGAUAGAUCUCGUAUUGAUCCUACUAUCUUCGAACGUAGUUUCCAUAGGACUCUUGGACUUGCCCGCUUGCUCGUCCUAGAACGUUUACCGACUACGAACGCUAGAGAUGAAUAUCUCAGGAAGCGCCGAGAGGAACGUGGAAGGCCACAGUUGGAUAAUCGGUUUCAGUAUCGCAUCCGGGGAAAUAUCAAGGACAUCCACGAAGAUGAGGUGGCAGAUUGGGUCGACGAAAGCGAAGUCUCAAACUACCAUACCUUCAGUAUUCCGUAUGGCGAAAAGUUCCACGCCAAGAAGAUUGAAAAGCUUUGCUAUACGAAAGACUUGCUUCUAAACGCCGAAUGGAACCAACCUAAGGAGAGGGAAGUUUACUUGCAUAGACACCCUGCUUUCUUUGGACGAGUCGAAGAUGUAAUCGGCGACUGUUGUGGCACCUGCCCAAAGCCGCACACAGCUGAAGAAUUUGAAGUGUUCGAGAAAGAGAGUGCGAUCUAUGUAUCAGGGAAAGUCACCUUUCGUAUCGACGAUCCAGGCAGACAGCAAAUUGGUUCGUUCAACCCUCUUACGGAUGAUGACUGGACUGAGAUGGCAUAUGUUGGCAACACUGCUCGCUUAUGCCAGGCAAUUGUCGAUGGAGAUAUCGAGCAUGUCGAAGAUUGGCUUUCGCAAGAAGGUGCCGACCCUAACAAGAGGGAUUACACUGGCAGAACCCCUCUACAUCUUGCCGUUAUCAGCUCAACACCUCAGGUAGUCAAGUGCCUAGUUGACCGCGGUGCACGCCUUGUCUCUCGCUUAGCCGAUGGCCGAAGUGCACUUCACCUAGCUGCAGCGCGUGGCGAUGUUGAAAUGGUCAGGAUUCUACUCGAGAAAAGCGAAUCGAAUGAAGAAGAUGAGGAAGAAAAGCAAGACCAACGCCGCAAAGCUCGUUCUACAGUGAACAAUGGUAAUGAAGUGGACAAAAUUGACCAGAAGGCCACUGCUACUAAGUCCGACAAUAAACCUGAUGAUGAGGAUUCGGAAGCAGACUUGGUUAGCGAUGCUUCUUCUGAGGAUGGCAAUGAUGCAAUAUCUAUCGCUACUGGAUCAUUUGUCAAAAUCGGCAAAGAUGGUGAAACUGAGGAGAAGGAUGCAGCGAUCCUCGAUGAAGAUACGAGUGAGCCGGACUUCUACAAGGUCGACGCUGUCGCAUGGGAUUCCAAGUGCAGCGCUCUGCACUAUGCUAUCGUUGGGGGCCAUUGCGAAGUUGUCAAACUCCUUUGCCAGGAGUUUGGUUCUGAUGUGAUAUCGCCUGUUAAGAUUGGUGAUGGAUCAUAUUCAAGCCCUAACGUGGCGAUAUUAACAAUGGUCUUGGCCCUUGCUCUCCCUGUUGAGAAAGCCCUACGCAUGGCAGAGACAUUACUAAGCCUGGGCGCAACAUCUUCGCAAGCCGAUGCGGAUAGCAUCACUGCAUUUCAUCGAUAUAUCCAAAGUGGGCCACCUGAGUUGGUUGAGUGCUUAUGGAAUAAGGACAAGAUCGGUGUCAAGGCGGCCCUUAACCAUGUAUCCGUCACAGGCUCAUUCUACAGCAGUGAAGUUACAACUCCACUGUCGACAGCUAUCGACAAUGGCGACCCGAUACUUGUCCUCAAGCUUCUUGAGGCGGGAGCGAAACCCCAGAUUGACUUUGACUCAUGGUUGAAGGGUGCCAAGUUUGCCUUUGAAGGUCAGCUUCGCGAUUACGAAAACAACGUCGCACGUUACAAGGAUGCUACUGAACAGCCAUUGGUAAUAGCUAUCAAGUCACUGCAUCCUUCCAAUGCUAUCGAAUUGUUAGAGAGGGGGGCUGACCCGAACACGCUGACCCGAGCGAGCCACAACGUCAUUUCGAAUGACUGGUCUCGAAAAUAUCACAAGGGUCGAUCUGUUCUCGACGUCGUCCAUGAUUUACUCAAGGAAUAUUGGGAUUUUAGGAAUAAUUUGACUGGUACACCCGAAACUGGACGGAAGCCAGGAUUCUAUGCUCCUAAGAAGGGAAUAUAUGUUGAACGACCAGCAGAGCCCUUUGGAACUACUGAGUUCCUUUCAAAGUUCACCGAGGGCACUUACACACACUAUCUCGUUUCCACCGACAUCGCAGAUCGAACCAAUAACUACAAGAAGCAGCUGGAGAAGUUUGAGAAAGAACAAGCUGAGUCUGUUGCCGAGGAAGAAUUAACAGAGAUGGACGAAACCACCCAAGAUCUCAUCUCGCAACUUGAAAGAGUACUGGAACUUCUCGUAUCUAAAGGUGCGAAAACUUUUAGGGAACAGUACCCUGACAUACAAGAUCCCCCCGAAUCUCCAAAGGAGUCAUCUGAAGACCGCUCCUCAUUACCGUAUACUCUGGAAAUCAAAUUUCCCCACGCCACAGAUGUCACCGACGCACGGAAGGAUGCAUACAUUAGACUCUUUGAAGCAGCAUGGACAGGCGAUCUCGAAGUGAUCAAAUCACUCACCUUAGCUUCGUGGGGUGUAGAUGGACAAGAAUCGCCUCUCAAGAUGGCAGUGUCCGAUAUGAAAGGCAACAAUCCGUUCUCACUUGCAUUUCUUCGCGGUCAUUAUGAGGUAUCGAAAGCAAUUCUGGAGAUUGCACAGGCACAGUGGGCGCCGAAAUCAGAUAAGACCACUCGCUUCACAAUGAAUAAGGAUGUUAAUGACGAAUAUUAUUCCUGCGAGGAAUCUGAGUCUGAUGACGGCGAUGAGGUUGAAGUAUAUAAGAGGGUCAUCGAUGACCAAUUCACGAUUGAAAAUGUUGGUCAGGUCUCUACGCAAGUUAAAAGCCAAGUUCUUGCUAGUGCACUCCUCGAUUGGGAGGUGCCCACGUUUGUGUCGUGCGAUGGCUCGUUCAAGGCGAAGGAGAGGAAGACUCUACUUCAAUUCGUCAUAUCUGAGAAUGACGCUAAGGGCUUCGACUUCUUGAUCAAUUUAAAUGUCCACUUCGCUCGUGAGGAGCCUGUUGGGGAUGAUAAUGAUGAAGAGAACCGAUUUUACAUGUUCCCUCAGCGCUACUUCGAUCACGCUUUGUGGCUUGGGCGAACAGAGAUGCUUGCUAGUGUCAUUCGACGAAUCGGCGCAGGAAUUCCUAUCGAAGACUUAGUGAAGAAAAGCGGUACGGAACUCAAUGUGAAGCCUCGCUACUACCAAGGUUUGAGCGUUUAUGGGAAGAAGAGGUCGGAUUGGGCUAAGGCUGGCCGCAAUCUUGUAGUUAAAGCCACCGGAAGCAAGAUCCCGCCCUUGCUUUCAGCUGCUCUCCAGGGCUCGUUGGAAUCUAUCGAGUGGUUUGUCAGCGACACACCAAUGCGACACUAUGUGGAGUUUGGAAAAUCCAAGGUUGCCAAGGAGGAUGUUCGCCUGAAGCAUCUAACUGAAGCGUCUGGUGGAUUUGAUCGAGCGAUUUCCAAAUGGCUCGGUGUUCAGAAUGAUCUUGUUAUUCACUGCGCAGUAAUGGGACCCAGGGGGGAGAAGACCAAUAAACUCAUCGAGUACCUGAUCAAGGUUUGCCCAUCAUCUUUCGAGGCAAAGUCAGAUGAAGGAUACACCCCUCUAUAUCUAGCUUGCCUGCUCGGAAGAGUCCAGUUCGCAAAGACACUUAUCAAUGCCGGAGCCGACCAGUCAGUGAAGGAUAAGGAUUUCAACAAUGUAAUCCACGCUGCCUUGACGAACAAUCCCGAGCCCGAGCGACUCCGAGAGCUCCUAGAUCUUCUUGAUAAGGAUCUAAGAUCUCAUAUGUUCCUCCAACGAAAUAAUCUCACUCGCGGUGGUGAUACACCUCUCCACUUUUGGCUCAAGGAGGCUAAUCCAGUGCAAUACUGUUGGAAUUACUGUCGAGGCUACAACACUUCUCGCCGCGAGCUCCAGGACGAGAAUACUGCUAACAUCAAGAUUCUCAAAGUAAUCUUAGAACUCUCCGGCGGUGCAGAGCUCGAGACCCUCAAUGGUGCCGGUGACACAAUUCUCCACACCGCAGUUCUUCGUCAUCUUGCGGGUCACGUCCGAGUGCUCGUCUCCCAAAAUCCCAACGUUCUUUACCGCGAAAAUGCGGUUGGCCGAACUCCCGGCGAGAUAGCCUAUGAUUUCUUCAUCAACUCUAAUGUAGUCGACAUAGAACCCGUCGUGGUUAGGCUUGAUACGGGGAAUGGGAAUAUAAAAACCGUAUUGCUCAAGAAGAAAGGCUUUUCUAGAGAUAAAGAAUCAACCGACUCUAUCGGACAGAACCGCAAAGAGCACACUUGGCAAAUCAUUGAGGAACAGCUCGGUAAGGCCGAGGGCAAGCGUCGCCUGGUCAGCCUCAACGAGGCAAACGACGUGGCCAAGCGGCUAGGCGAGAGCUACUCCUGGCAGCGGUACUUCCAGAAGCGCAGAACUGCCGACGACGAACAAGAGGUGGAGGAGCAGCGAGGGAAGGAUGAUGAAAAAGAGGUCGACUUCGUCACGACUGAGUAUAGGCUUUUCCGCGACACCGCAUGGAUAGAUGAGAAGGAAGACGGCGAGCGAGACUAGGUUCUUAACGGUAUUCUGCGGUUGCUUUCAGUGAUGUUACGAGUGAUUUUAUUAGAGAUGCUAUGGAUUUUGGAAGUGGAUCUGGGAGCGACGAAGGAAAUAACGACGAGCUUACGUUUUCUUAUGUAAAUUCAGCUGCAGCUCUUUGCUUAACGGGAAACAAAUUGGCAAUGCAUGGAAAUUUGUAAACAUACUCUACGCUUCGGAGAAAGUAUACAACGCAAUCAGGUACCUAGGUAGAUAGGCAAGUAAACGAAC